UUCGGAUUAGUCAGAUCUUUGCCUACCGUUGGCCACACCAGAGCUAAAAAACCCAUCCCGAUUUCCAGUGCCGUCUUGCGUCGACUGUUUUGUGUGUGUCGGAUGUCGUUACAUGUCGCGAUUUCGCGUCCCGUAUUUAAAGAGCUCGUGUCCUUUUUGUUUAUCUUUGUGGUCUUAAAUAUACAGUGAAGAAAGAAAACGUACCAGUUCAAGUGUUAUCACUUAGGUGCAAUUCGUUAAAUGUGAGAUCCCUGAAGGGGGGCACUCGAGCAAAUAAUGCGCAACAGCAAAUUAGUGUGAAAAUUUUUAAAUCCAACCAACAAGCAACAGGAUAAGUGAAGAGGAAACAGAUAAGAGAAAGAGAGAGAGAGAAAAAAAAUCGUUUCCUUCUUUGUGUCUGUGUGUGUGGCUGUGUGAAAAGGGUAACAAUAAUUCAUUUAUCACACGCAAAUCCAAACCGUUGCACCGUGAAUCGUGAAAUAACCGCCACGCAAACAAAAGGCAUUACCCGCACAAAGUGAGGAAGUAGACCGCUCCCUCUCCCCCACCCAACGGCGUACCAAGUGUUAGGGGCGAAGGGGGUAAUUUUUCCACCCGGAAGGACACCAUCAAAUUUGAGCCGCGUAUUAUUUUUUCUUUAAUUGGAUUAAACCCCUGCGACACAGCCGGCAGCCGCAGAAAACCCUCGUGGUGGUUCCAUUUUCGCCCGGUUGGAGAAGAAAAAAAAACGCAUCAGAAAAGCGUCAACUUGCCACGCCACCCCCGGUCCGGUGUGUCGGACAUCCGUGUAAGCGUCCGUGGAUGCUGGGUACCUGCAAAACAUAACCCCAGGCCCUGUCUGGAUGGGAGCUUAAAUUUUCCGUGUAUCAUAUCCAACCGUACACACAGCAGCCACCGGCACAGGAAACCCGUGCACACACCGUCUGCUGCUAGCGAUGAAUAUUCGAACGAAGGCGUUGUGAUUAUGUGGUGCCUUUGUGUGGCUCGGCAAAAAGGCCAGUGUGCAACGGGCGUAAACUAACGCCGUGUGUGGGGAUCCAAUGUGAACACUACCGGUGUGUGGAGUGUUUUUCCCUACCCGUAAGUGAACCGUGAAUUACUUCAGCCUUGGAGGGAAGAGAGCGAGUGAGAAUCUGUUCACCACUUUCUUUCUGCACAUCCGUACUUGGGUUGUUAGGGACCAAGUGGGAAGAUCUUCCAGCGCGAAGGAAAUAUUCGUAAGGGGAGGCUACAUAAACCCUCAUCUGUACCAUCGUUACAGUGGGAUAAUGUAAAGUGCAGUUCGUGGAAUCCUGCUCACCCUUGAGUGUUGUGCUGAUGGAAAAAAGUGACCGAUCGAACCGAUCCGUUUUGUGAUAGUGUAAGUGAGGUAGGAAAAAGCUUUCAUGUGUACUAGUGUUGUGUGGCUGGGAAGAAGCAUCAAUCUACGACGAGCUUGUUGAUCAAGCAGCACCAAAACGGUGCUCCAUCCUGGAUUUUCUGGUUGUUGUGAGAUAUACGGGAGGAACACACGCAACAAAAAAAGUACCACUCACAUCCGGCACUUCUGCUGCGUACGAUUCAAAACCUUUUCCAUAAUUUCCCAUUCCUUUUCCUGUGUUUCCCCUUUCGGUCGAAUUCCCGUUACGGCUUUCAAUGGUGAAUCUCGUCGAGCGGGCAACCACAGACACGACGACGACGACGACACCACCACCACCACCACCGGUGACGGCUACAGAUGUGAGCAGCUUGCAAACUAGCCUUUUCCCCUCAACUGUGCCAACGGUGGCCGGUACGACCACCGCCGAUAGUCGGUUCCCGCUAUUCCUCGACCAGGCAGGCACCAGUGCCACGCCAGACUCCGACAACGACGAACGAAUAUCCACCGAUGAGGGCGACAACGACGACGACCUUCUUCAUCAUCAGCAGCACGAUAAAGCACUAGAUAGUAGGUUACAGAACCGUAGAAUUGGACACAGAUCGGCAACGUCACCAUUGUCUCUUAACGGGGCAGCGAAAAAACGUUGCCUUCGCCCACCGACACAAGCGUACAGUGUCGACUUACAGCAGCACGCACACGAGUGCGGCGACAACGGUACUGACCACGAGCACGCAAUGACAUCAACCGUUGCAGCUGUCACAGCAGCCGCCAAUAAAGCUGUCGCUGCACUGAUGCAGUACCGACAGCAACAGCAGCAGCAGCACCAAUCACAGCAAGCGUCAUCAACAAACCAGAUGGUCCAGGGGAUGGGACCGUUUCCGGGCACACCCGGUUUCCCACCGGGCGCAGCACAAACCGUCAGCACAGACAGUCUGUCGGUGCAGGUGGUUAAAGGCGCUACGGGUGCUGGCGGUGGUGGUAGUGCUGGUGGUGGCGGUGGUGGUGGCGGAGGGGGUGGUGGUGUGACGUUGGAUCAGCAUUCGCUCAGCACACUCAAGCAGCAGCAGGAACAACACAAUGCAGCAGUUGCCGCCGCAGCAGCCGCCGCUGCACAAAUGAAUGCCGUUGCCACAACACAAACGUUGCGAAAUUCUGUCAGUCAAUUCAGCCCCUCGUCAGUAUUGGGUGCCCCGCCAGCAACGUCGAUAGCAGUGUCACUGGCACCACUAUCACUGCCAUCCACCAUGGUUAGUGGGGCCGGUGCGGGUAAUGGGGUCGCAGUAGCUGCUGGUAUGGCUGCCGCCAUGAGCGCCAACGGUGGAUCACCAGGCGCCUCCACCAACGCAACCGCCAAUGGAGGCGCAGGGUCGGGCACACUGAACGGAGCAGGCAGUGUAACGGGAGCACCCGGUGUGAACGGUACCACGGCAGGAAGUGCUGUCAACGGUACCGUGGCACUUUCGAACGGGAUUGAUCAACAGACUGUUAGCAUGUCCGAUUUACUGCAACAAACUGAGCAGGAAUCGCCCAGCAACGUAUCAAGUGCCAACACCGCAGAUGCCGCCUCGUCGGUACUGAACAAUGUCAGCAACAAUAACAGCAGCGUAAACAACCAAACGAAUGCAGCCGUUUCGGCGGCCAUUGCCGCGGCAGUCAAUUCAAUAAGCAGCAACACCAGCACCAACAACGCCAUCAACACGAGCAAUAGCAACGGUACCGUUAACGGUAGCAGUAGCAACAGCAACGUGAGCAGUAUGGUCGUGACGGCCGCUGGACCGAUCGGUGCCGGCACUACCACCGUUGUAUCGGCCAUUCCACCCACCAUGACCUCGUCCGCGUCGGCGGUAGCGCUCGUACAGCAGCAUCACCAGCAAACGAUACAAGCUCAACUGCAGCAACAGCAGCAGCAACAACAACAACUCAAUGGCCAACAAGCGAACCAGCAUCAGCAGCAGCAACAGCAGCAGGUGGUGGUCAGCAGUCAGCAACAGCAGUCCCAAAGCGUAGCAGCAGCCGUAGCAGCGCUGACUGAUUCGAAAUCACAACCAAAGCGACUACACGUGUCUAACAUACCUUUUCGCUUUCGCGAUCCGGAUCUACGAACCAUGUUCGGGCAAUUCGGUUCCAUACUAGACGUAGAGAUUAUCUUUAAUGAACGUGGCAGCAAGGGAUUCGGUUUUGUAACAUUCGCUAAUAGUAGCGAUGCGGAGCGAGCACGCGAACGUCUUCACGGCACUGUGGUUGAGGGACGCAAGAUUGAGGUCAAUAAUGCAACCGCACGAGUUCAAAGUAAAAAAGCUCCUGCUGUAUCAAGCGUGUUUCUGACGAAACAAGGCGCCGUCUCGGCCCCGUCACUGGCAGCUGUUUGUGUCCCGUGGCCGGAAGCGGGAAUACCGGGGCAUCCUACACUGUUGCAUCAUCCAGCACUUGCCCAACAUCUUCCACACCAUCCCGUGUCCCUUUCGCACCACCAGCAACGACAUCCGGCUGGUCUUCCAAUACACCUGCACCAUCAGGGUCCACCGCAUCCGAUGGCAUCAGUUAUUGCCGGGUUAACCCGUAACGGCACGGUACCACCAUCGACCCGCCAUCCGUCGCUCGCUAACUUACCAGGGCUAGCGAAUGGUAAUGCGAACGCUUCCACAGGUAGCACAGCAAACGCGAACGGAACUGCCACCGCUAAUGGUGGUGCUGCCGGUACGGGUGGCACCGGAAACAUGGGUCCAGCCGCAUUGCUUUCCGGCCAUCCGGCAACCUUUGCGUCCAUGAAUGGGCACGCCGGCACGAUAGCCAGCUACCCGUCUGUUUACUUCGAUCCCUACCUGGCAGCGGCAGCAGCAACAGCGGAUCCCAACUAUCGCCUGCAGGCUGCAGCACCGUUGCUGAAGACACCACUUUCGCAGGCACAAGCACAAGCGCAGGCAUACUCCGCAGCAAGCUAUACGGCCGCAGCAGCACGUGCAUAUGGGGCAGCAGCUGCUGCAGCUCAACCAACCGUUGCCGGUUACACGACAGUCGCUGGAUACGGACGUGCGGAGUAUCCUGAUCCAUAUCUAGGACACGGUAUCGGACCCGUACCCGGCUAUGCGGCUACCAUAUAUCGAGGAGGAUACAACCGUUUUGCCCCAUACUAAGGCAAAAAAGGCUGGUAAAGAAUAGAGAACAGCUCUACAACAAGAGAAGAAGCAAAAAAAAUACGCCCAAAUGAUACAACCUAGAAUGCUUCCUUCCUUCCCGGACCUUCAUGCCCGCCCCCCAAAAAAAGCAGCAGCCAAAAAAGCUCACCGUGUGCUUUCGUGGGCUUGUAAGGACAACUAUAAGCGUACUUCUUAACGCUCUUAGCAGUAGUAUAUAUAUCCUUGCAGUGGAUAUAUAGAAAGGACACAAGUUAGCAAGCCAUCGACAAGCAAAUGGACGCGUACGGAACAUUAUUAGGUGUUUUUUUUUCUUUUUUUGCGUAAUUUUGUUUUUUUUUUCGCGAUACAAAGAAAAAACAAGUUUUCUUUUCCUCAUAUUACUAUCAAAAUCAUCACUUUUUGUAGAUGAUAUUUGUUUGCUUAAUUUGUUCGGAAGUUCCUGCCCCGGUUAAUCGAACGGACGCGUCAUAGUGUAAUGUUGUGCAAAAGUGCAAACUACCGAAAGUGUAACCGAAUGCAGCUAAACCAAGCGCACAAUGUAACAUUGAAACCAAAGCACAAAAUGGAAAGGAUAUUACAAACAAAAAAAAAGGUGGGGAGACGCUCACACUUCCAAAAGCUCCUCCUCUCCGUUUCAGGGAGAAUCGAAAGCACAAUACACAUACUACGCGCACGCACAAGAAAAGGAUAAAACUCAGAAACAUUGAGCCCCUAGACAUCACAAAACAAUCCACUGUUAUGCAGCUGGAAAGGAUGCAUAUUGUGGCAUUACGAUUAGCAUCACGAUUAGCAUCACGUGAACACGAAAAGUGACUCAAUUAUGCUUAUAGCCAUUCGAUUUUUUUUUGCUUUCGUUUAUAUCUCUUAAGAAUUAGGCUUAAUGUAUCGUUUUGUUUUUUUUUUCAUGCUCGCGUCUCUUUUGGCUUAGGAUUAGGUUACCUCGAAAAAGGGGUUGUUUUUUUUUAAUUCGUCUUCUACCAGGGAUUACUUCUACUUCCACUAGUAGCGAGCACUUUUGCUUUAUAAAUAUCUACCAAUUGCUUCACCAGUAGUAGCACAGGGCAGCUCUCUACGGAUAGUGCAAAAUGGUGUUGUUCUUCCAAUGAAUCUAACGAACGUGAUGGCGAAUGGUUGGAACAAACAUUUCAAUUCCCAUUAUGCCGGCAAACACAUCACAAUGGAAGAACAUAAACAAACAUGCAAUUUUGUUGAUAUUUUUAAAAACACCAAAGAAACGUGAAAACAUACAGAAAACGAAAUCCCUUAGCUCGGUAAAGGAUAUCAAGCAAGAAGUCGUAAAUCGUGAAUCAAGUGCGGGAACUUUCGUAACCCCACAAACCAAGAAUCUCUCAGUUGCGAAUAUUUGAAAGUGUCGUGAGAAGUGUUUCAAUAAGUCUAUUUGAUAAGUUUAUUGUUUGUCUCAAGUGUGUAGGUUUUUUUUUCUUUAUAUUAUCGUUCUGCGCUAUACACGUUCGUAUACAAUGUUUUGAUAAGAGUUCGUUUUUUUUUGUUUCGUUUGUGUUCAUUUGCCUUUAUGAAUACUCCUCAGUAAAACAAAACAAAUGUUGCUCUGCGAUUUGCUGAGCUUACAGUGAUUAUCAUUGAGAUGUAAUAAUACAUGUGUCUGUUUUGUAGUACACAGCAAACAAACACGAUAUGAUGCUCAACUUCCACCCUCAUCUCACAAACUUCACAAGGAUCAUCUUGUGCCGCGUUCAAAUUGAAAAAAAAACAUUAUGUUGCCCUGUACCGAUGGAUGCUUUUUGUUGUGUACAGUGUGUUUCAUACGUAUACUUUUAUUUCCUUCGGAUGUACUAUCAGUGUGCUAUAGAUACAGAUUUGUGAUAAAAAAAAACGUAUCCCAUUUUGGAUAGGAUUUAAUAUACGCGCCAACAGACACACAAUCUUCCGUACUACUUCCGUAAAAAAAAAAACAAACGAAACCCAAUUAAAAAUAACACAUCGCACAAUUUAGCUAAUCGUGCACACUGUUAUAAGAUCGUUGGUUUAAUAUGUUAUGUCUUCUACCAAAAAGAAAAAAACACACACAUACACCUCGUUCUUUAUGCACAAAAUAUGUUUAGCUUAGGUUUUGGUUUUUUUUGGCUUCCAACAUGCGUCGUAUUAUUGUCGCAUUACUAAAACAAAGAGGCAUCUACUAUUAAAGAAUGGGCGACAAAAUAGAUGUCUCCUUUUAAUCUGUGCAAAACGAUUAUUGAGACGAAUAUGGGAAAACUCCUCUCCUGUAAAGCUACCAUAGUCAAAUGUGUUCCUCCUUUAUGAUCAAUUUGAUCGCACAAACAGUAACACACAGUAGUUUGCUCUUCCAUUUGUUCUGAUUGUGACCAUAUUCGGUGAAAUUUUCAGGGUUCGUCUGGAACCGUAAAAUGUUAAUAUAGCGAUGCAAAGUAACGCCAUAAACGCUCAAAAAGUAGCUUCAUUUGGUGAAGUUUGAGGUACGAUUUUUCCCGCAACUCCUUUAAGCAUAUGAAGCAACAGUAAUUUAAACGUAUGGAACCCCAUUUAGAUACUAGGUGUAGCCGAGAUGUAGUGAUUAAGUGAUGUGCAGAAAUGCUCCCUUCCCCGUUGUAGAAAUCUCAACCGCUGGAUGAACGAGAAUAGUGUUGUGUAUGUGUAAUUUCAAGUGGAAAAACCGCAAAACAAAACCAACCGCGCCAAUUCAAUAUACGAACAAGAACAGGAGAAGCUGCUGCUAACUAUACUGAUGUGUGUGUGUGUGUGUGUAAAAAAAUUGUGCGUAAGUGUAUUCUCUUUUCUUUUCCUGUGAGUCCGUGCGGUGGAAGAGAUCCAGUCACGUGAACGUCCCUUUUUUCCGCGUUCACUACCAAGCAGUGAAUAGAAAACUCAUUAAAUAAUUAAACAAACAGAAAUCCAAAGCCAUUAUACGCAUCCUUAGAAUAGAGCAAGCCAGUAGAAAAGAAGGAAAAAAGAUAAAGAAAGAGAGAAAACAGAAAGCUAUUAAUUAAUUGUAACCAAUUAAAAGCGUAAUUCAGGUGAGAAAAUGGUAAGAACAAAAAAAAUACAUUUCAUGCUUGAAGAAGAAAGAAGAAAAAAAUCAAGAAGGCAGAAAAUAAUGCGAGUAAAAUACAUAAAACGCACAUUUGCAAAAACAAUGAAAAACGAAGAAGAAGAAGAAAAAAUCGCAAACAUAACCAAGAUGCAAGUGAGCGAAAAAGAAAAAUACAAAUAUCGUAAAACGCGUCUCUCAAAGUGACGAACGCAGCCAUAUUAAUCAUUAGUCGGCGCAUCGCAACGUUAUCCGUUGUUUUGCAUUAUAUUUUGUUUUUUUUUUUUAUUACAUAUUUUUUAUUACUAUUUUAUCGUAAUUCUAAGCUACAUACGCAUAGUACAUUUUUAAGCAACACCAUCUACCUAUUUGUUUGUGUAUUGGGCACGCAUUGUUUUAGUCAGUUCAGUUUUCGUUUUGCUUUUUUUUUGUAAGUCACUACGUAUUUUCGUCUUUUGUUCAGCAAGAUUUGUUUUCUCUUAGCGCUCCAUUGGAACAAUUUGUUUCAUUCUCAGCUUUGAAACAUGCCCAGUGUUCGGCCCCAAUGAUCAUGUAUCUUUCUUCAAUUGAAUCUCAAAGCUUCUUCCACUACGCUUUUCAUAUCGAAGUAUAAUUUCGAUCGAGCUUAACAAUGAAAGUCCAUUUUUAUUCGUUUUUUUUUUGUACGGCUGACCUUUUAAUGAUUGGCUUUGAUUUGAUAUCACGGAACAGCAGAUGGUAAUGUUGCUGCGUUUGUGAAAGUAGCUUUAACAUACUUCCAAUUUUAGGCGCGAGAAUGUAAGCAGGAUGAAAAUUCCGGAAAACCCAGCACACCAACACAUUCGCUUCCUCUUUUGUGGGAAGCGUAAUGCCAUUAAUGCUAACGGUUCGGACCGAAAUGAAGCUCAAAAGAAACAUUACUGUUAAAACGAAACAAAAGGAAAAAAACAAUGGAAAGGCUCCCACUCUUAGCCGUACAUGAAAAAAUAUACAUAUAAAGACUUAUGCUAAAGAAAAAAAAGAAACGAUACAAAUUGAUUGCCACCGCCGCAUCCACCUAGUAACUUACUUCCUUCCUUCCCUUUUAUCUUCCCGUUCUGUGUACUAGUUAGUAGUCUUCUAGUGCUGCGUCACCGAAACGGCACACUGAAGCUGCGUGCGAAAAAUAAAAAGAAUAGAUUCGAUAUAUUAAUAUGAAAAUAUCUCUAAAGCGCACCACUCCCCCCAAAAAAAAAAUCAUACAUAAACACAUAAAAACACACGGACAAGUACACACUUAGCAGCACUGGAGAAGGCGCAAAGUCUAAGAAAUAGAGAGAAGAAAGAACAUUGCGAACGUGACGGAUACGGUGAUAAAUGACAAGAUAAGAAGAAAAAAGCAUAUUAAAACUAAAACAAAAAAAAAUGCAAGCAAGCAACCCGCAAUGUUAGAAAGAUACAUUUUAAGAAAAUAAAAUAAACAAACAAAAUACGAGAGCAAAGAUUAAAGAAAUGCAUCUCGUUUUCGCCAAAUUAUUAAUAUAAAUAGAAACAAACAAACAAAAGCAUACACGCAGACAUGAAACAUGAAAACAAAACAAAACAAAAAAAAAGAACACGUGACAAAACAAUGCGCAAAACAAAAAAGUAUAUAAAUUUAUUCUUACUCAAUAGUGUUUAAUGGUGAAUAAUGCGAAAGAAGGCGCAGCCAGGACAAACCGGUGUGAGUGGGUACAUGUGUGUGUUUAUGAAAUUGACAUUGAAGUUGAAGGACGAUGCAGAUUGCUCUCUAGUUCUUUCUUGAAUAUAGAAGACAGUAAACCGUCACCUUGCAGUGGAGCCACAAAGAUGGUUUGAAAUGUUGCGGAAAUCCUUUUCGUUAAUUUUAAUUUGCAUCAAAUUGCAAUCCACAAAAACACAAGAACAAAACCAAAUCUAAACAAAUAAACAAUAGAACAAGGUUGGGAAAGUAUAGCUACACGUAAAGGAGCUCAAUAAUAUAGUCAGCACACAAACAAAAGGAUAAAGCAUUAGCAAAGAAAUAGAACCAAAUCACAAUCAUAAAAGCAAGGUAACACGAGCGAAAACACAAACCCCACCAGAAGGGAUUAAUAAUGUGUUUACAAUAGAAUUUGUUUCCCAAUGUCAUACAAUUCUUCCAAUUCCGUUUGAACCCCUGUUAGAGAAGGGUGUAAUAAAGAAAAGGAUUUCUUGUUGAUCAACAUCACACGCACAGCCCCCAAAAACAGCAACAUACAGAAGGAUUUUAGAGACAUGAAAAAUGAACGAUCACACCACUCGCAAAAUGAAAACCCACUCUUCAAAGUCAAAGAUAGUAGAGUAAUGCAGUAAUUUGUAAGUAUAACAAAACAAACAAAAUAGUAGGUGCCAGCAAAACAAAAUAUAAGAAGAAGAAAAAAAACAACAAAAUGUACUGUUCAAACGUAUCUGAGCAACAAGUGUUGAAUGCACAGACGAAAAGAAAACAAAAAAAAACUUGCAACUAGAAACUUUAAAAACCCAUGGAAAAUGCUAAACAGUAGGAGGUGGAAAACACAAAACAGUAAACAGUUUGUUCUGUAAACACAUAAAACAGCAACAACAGCAAAAAAAAACGUACACACUACUCACAAAACACACACAAUUUCACCAACAUCAUAUUCUUCUUUUUUUUGUAAUAAAAUUUUCAUAAAAUGCCAA